AUGGCUUCAAUCACAAACCCCAUAACAUCGGGCUCAGAGCCUCAUCAGGGUGACCCACGUAUAUCCUGGCCAACCGAGCGCAUCAGACGCCCAAAUCCAUCCCAAGAAUGGCACCCAUCCGACCUCCUAGACCGCCGAGCUAGCAACACCUCCGAUGACUUCGAGAAUGACUUCGAGAAUCCCAGCUCCGCGCUUCGACACACCCACAUCUCAAAUUAUCCCAAGGGCACGAAAUCGCUCUCGGGAAUCUCCCUACGAGCCUUUCUCAUCGGCACAUCCCUCGGCAUUACAGCCACGGUCACAAUUCUCCUCAUAACCGUCUUCCCAACACCCCUUUGGCGGGUACCAUUCUUUAUCGCUUCGCUCAGCGUGUUCCACUUCCUCGAAUUCUACACCACGGCGACAUACAACACCCCGGCUGCAGAUGUGAAGGCUUUUCUCCUUUCCAGUAAUGGGUGGGCCUACAACGCUGCGCAUGGAUCCGCUAUCGUGGAAUGUAUUGUGUCGCACGUGUUCUGGCCUGGACAGUCCAAACUGGGGAAAUUGGUCUCUUUCACGGAGCCUGUUUUAGGGACAUCUGUAUCGCUGGGUUUGGUUGUUGGCUUGCUGCUAACUGGAGUUGGUCAGGUUGUGCGGUCUAUUGCUAUGGCGCAGGCGGCUAGUAACUUUAAUCAUCAUGUGCAAUCGACGCAUAAACAGGGGCAUACGCUUGUUACACAUGGGCUGUAUAGGUUUCUGCGACAUCCAAGCUACUUUGGAUUCUUUUGGUGGGGAUUAGGGACGCAGUUGGUGCUUGGGAAUGUGGUCUGUUUCUUUGCAUAUGCGUUGGUCCUGUGGAAGUUCUUUUCUACAAGGAUUAAGCGCGAGGAGACAUUCCUGAUUCAAUUCUUUGGCGCUGAGUACGUCGGGUACAGGCAGUCGACACCGGUUGGAAUUCCCGGAAUCCAGUAA